AUGGCUGGGUUCGUUGUGUUCUUGUCCUUGUUGGUGUCCUGUGUUUGGGGGAAUGAGUUUAGUAUUUUAAGAUCACCAGGAUCUGUUGUUUUUCGUGAUGGAAAUUGGCCUUUACCAGGAGAGAAGAUUCCAGAUGUGGUGUCAUUGUCCAUGGGCUUCUCUGUGAAAGAAAACCUUUCUUGGCCUGGCCUGGCAGUGGGCAACCUGUUCCAUCGUCCCCAGGCCAUUGUAAUGGUGAUGGUGAAAGGAGUGGACAGACUCACCCUCCUGCUCCCCAAAACUGUCCUUUCAUACCCUUUGGUGCAUGCAGUUCCUUUCAGCCUUGACAGUGUUGCAAAUGCCAUCUAUUCCUUAUUUUAUGAAGCAAAUCCAGUGGUCUUGCAAUUGGCUCCCAGUGAGGAAAGAGUUUCUAUGGUGGGGAAGGCCAAGACAGUGUUUGAAGACCUUUCGGUCACCUUGGGACAGCUCCACAGUCGCCUAUUUCAAGAAAACUCCAUUCUCCAUUCCCUUCCCCUCAAUUCUCUGAGUAGAAACAAUGAAGUGGAUUUGCUCUUUCUUUCGGAGCUGCAAGUGCUGCAUGAUAUUUCCAGUUUGUUGUCUCAACAUAAGCAUCUAGCCAAGGAUCAUUUUCCUGAUUUAUAUUCACUGGAGCUGGCAGGCUUGGAUGAAAUUGGGAAGCAUUAUGGAGAAGAAUCUUCACAAUUCCAAGAUGCAUCCAAGAUCCUGGCAGAUGCUCUACAGAAAUUUGCAGAUGACAUGUACAGCCUUUAUGAUGGCAACUCAGUAGUGGAAUUAGUGACUGUCAGAGCUUUCGACACGUCCCUUGGGAGGAAGGCAAGGGCCAUUCUUCAUCUCAGGGAUGAGAAUGAUGAAGUUCCUUACAACCUUGCGUAUAAGUAUAGCAUUGAAUAUUCGGUGAUAUUUAAUAUGGUCCUGUGGAUAACGAUAGGCCUGACCUUGGCCGUGCUUAUUACCUCCUACAACAUUUGGAACAUGAAUCCUGGAUAUGAAAGCAUCAUUUAUAGGAUGAGAAACCAGAAGAUUCGAAUGGAUUGAACUUUCCUUACACCAAACAAGGAAAAAGAGUUUGGAAUCUGCUGUUUAGUUAAAAAUUAAUCUCUCGUGUAGUUUAAAGUAGGUAACAUACUUUAAAUUUAUAUAAAAAAGGAAAA